AUGGGAUCAAGUUUUCUUUAUUUGGGUCCUGACUCUUUUUUACUUGGUAAGGAUAUGAAUGUGGUUAUUAUUGCUAAUAUAUUUGUAGGAAUAGCCUAUAUUCUGAUUUAUAUUCCUGCUAUUCCUUAGUUAUAUAGAAUCCUAAAAUGCAUUUAUCCCGAAGAGAACGAUAAUAUGAUUGGGGAUAUUUCCUCAGCAUUAUAUAAUACUAGUUAUGCUUUAGGAGAAUUUAUAGGGCCACUGGUUGGUGGUUUUUUUUCGGAAUUUUUUAGCUUUUCACGAGCAGCGAGUAUUUUCGGAGUAGGUUAAGUCGAAGGCAAAUUUAUAAGAUGA